GGAGGUUACUACACUGAUUGAAUGUGCACAGACCUUCACUUGACUCACCAAGUGGUGGAGGAUCACUAAAGUUUUGAAACAGUUUUAUUUGUCACAGUCAUCACUGGACACGUUAAUAUGGUUUUGUGUGAUGGCAAACGAUCCUAUUCAGGUAGUGAGGCAGACUUCAGCUCUUCCAGCAGCACAGGCAGCCUGAAGACCAGGGGGAGCCUCACUUUCAGUUCAGCUGGAAAGAAAGCUCCGUCACGCAGUCGCAGCAGCCACAUCAGACCGCUCCCAGUGUUCAAACCAGCCGGGAGCCCUACAGCCAACCGCGACGCAGAGCUCUAUGCUCCCUACAGGACUCCGCCCAGAGCUGCCUCCUCAACCAACAGCAGCAGCUGCAACUCCAGCCCCACCUCCAGAAGAGCGAGCCUGGGCCGCUACCACUCCUGUGGAGACAACCAUGGCAUCAGACCCCCGAACCCUGAGCAGUAUCUUACCCCUCUACAGCAGAAGGAAGUGGCCAUCAGACACCUGAAGACCAAACUGAUCGAGUCUGAGAACAGAGUCCAUGACAGAGAAACUGAGAUUGAGGAGCUUAAGGCCCAGCUCAGCAGAAUGAGGGAAGACUGGAUUGAAGAGGAGUGUCACCGGGUGGAGGCUCAGCUGUCCCUCAAAGAGGCUCGCAAAGAGAUCAAGCAGCUGCGUCAGGUGGUGGAAACAAUGAAGAGCAGCCUGAUGGAGAAGGAUAAGGGAAUACAGAAGUAUUUCAUCGACAUAAACAUCCAAAACAGGAAGUUGGAGUCCCUGCUGCAAAGCAUGGAGCUUGCCCAGAGUGGCGCCAACCUCCAGGAUGAAAACACCUUGGAUUUCAUCUGUGACAGCCCCGAUAGAGGUGGGAAGAAGACUGUGGGGGAGGAAGAGGUUGGGAUGGAGCUGGGAGACCAAGGGGCGGAGGCGAUGGCAGACAGCGGGCUGCUGGUAAAUGAUGAGAUGGCUAACAGAGCGGACAUUUUGGAGCAGGUCUUGAUGUCCACUGCGAUGGACUUCAGUCAGGACUCUAGCGGUAAGCUAAGGGCAGCGACCGAGUGUGAGCCUGGGUUGUCGGGGCUGUCAGAAGAGGGACAGCUGACUGAUGAAUCUACUGCACCCCCACCAGCUCUACCAAAUGCAUUUUCCAACACGGUCACAAUCUCCUCAAGCACGACUUCCCAGCAGAACAUAGAAGAUAAAGAAAUCCAGACCGACACAAUGCCCAUGUCUCCAGACCUGCAGGCUCUGCUCCUCCAGCUGCUAAAGAUCCAUGGGGCAACAGCAGGGGACACAGCUCUGUCAGCCACUGGCAGCCUUCUGGGCUUCUCAAACCUACCCACCUCUACUUCCACAACUGCCAGUGUCCCUGACUGGACACCUCCCCUACCCAGCAUACCCAGUCCUGCUCCCGCUGAGAGCCCAGACAUCUCCACUGAUUCCGGCAUGAGCUGCUCGGAACAUGCAGAGAGUCGCCGGUUCAUGGAGGAGCUGGACUUUGUUGUCGGUGAGGAAGAACCUUGUCUGUCCCCGGGGCUGGAUGUGGUCGGCAAGCGUUACUGGAGCAACAGCUUCCUGGUGGAUCUGGUCGCAGUGGCAGCCCCUGUGCUUCCCACGGUGGCCUGGCUGUACUCACGGCACGGUGUGGACGGAAGCGCUCCGGUGUACAAUAUUGCUGCUCUUAUCAGGGGCUGUUGCAUCAUGGGAUUGCACUCUCUUCGUCACGUUGCUCACAGGCCGGAUGCAUAAAAGCUUCCACCCUGCAUGCACACACCUAACCUUGAACUAAAAAGCACUUAAGCAUCUUUUCAAGAGUAUUUGUGGGGUUUGUUGCAUUUUUGGUAAACACUUUAUAUCAAUGCAGUUGUUUUGGUUCCUUACACUGUUACUUUGCACUGUGCAGUUACCAUGAGUGGAAGCAAUGAAAGGGAUGGACAUGAAAGGAUUUAUUUUUAACGAGGAUUAUUUAUAUAUUUAUUUAUCAUUUACAUGUAUAAGCUGAUCAUCUGGGUAGAUGGUUAUGUUAUCAUUGUCCGGUGGUGUCCCCAGCUGUCCUUGUGUUUUGAAAAAAGUUCUUUAUGUUGGGAUGAGACUUUUAGGAGGUGAAAUAUUGAAUGUUUCUGUUUGAUGGGUUCUGGAAACUGUUAUUGUUCAAAAAAUAACCUUAAACUUUAAACCUUCAGCCAAAGCUUUAUUGUGAGUUCACUGUUAUUGUUUUAUGAAGUGUUUUUUUUUGUUUUGGUUUUUUUUCCCCCCCCCUCCUCCUGGGAGUAGAGCUUUAUUCGGUACAGCCUGUGUAUUGUUCAUAGAAAUAAGUUGAUGCUUCAAAGCAACUGACACUUGUUAUGUGCCUGAGCUAUGUGCAAUACUAGUGGUUUACAUCAAAUGUCCUUGUAUCUUUAUUAUUAAAGCAUGAUAAAUUCAG